AAAAAUAAAAAUAAAUUAAGUGGAGACUAAGCAAAUUUUUACAAAUAAUUGAUAUAAUAUUGCUGGUGAUUUGUGACAAACGUAACGGAAUUCCAAUAGGAGGACGACAAGUCAAGAGGUAGAAAAAUAAGCAGAAGAAAAAGCGAAAAAAAAGCACAAAGAUAACACAAAUAAACAGAACACAAAGCCGUUAAAGCCAAACAUCUAAUUCUACAUACAAAUGUAUUGUUUAUAAGCCACGUUGUGGUGGCCAAACGGAAUUUGGAAAUUGUUGGCUAUUUGUUUUUGGUGCUUUUAAUAUUCAUAUUACCGUUAUACUGCAUCUGCUGCUGUGCAUCCUGUUUUUAAUUUGAGCCAAUUCAUUUGAACGGAAGUGAGACUGGAGAGAGAAUGAGGAUGGGUAAUCAAAAUGUAGAAGCUUGCUUCUCAUCCUCCUGCAUCUGCUGCUGCUGCCGCCGCUGAUGAUUCCCAUAUUCAAGUCGCUGACACGGGAAGUGUGAUGUCACCACAUUUGCUUGCCCCUGCCAUCGCUGCCACCGCUGCUGUUGCUGCCACUGCCUCUGAGAAAAACAAAUUUUACUAUUACUUACCGCCGUCGCUCUACAAAUAAAAAACAACAACAGACGAACAAAUAACAACAACAACAAGGAGACAAGAGACUAUCACAGCGACUACUUGGUCUGCAUUUGGAUUGGAUACAUAUUUCUCUGCCCCCUCUUAAAGAAAUGUCGCCGUGCCAUUUACAUUAUUUGCUGGCAUCGGCUGCAUGGCUGCUGCUGCUUUUGAUCAACAUAUGUUGCUUGCAACAAACCGUUGAUGCCACCACCGUCACCUCCACCACCGCUGCCCGCCCCACAGCUGACAACGCAAAGUCAAAAGCAUACAUUGGUAACUAUUUUCCUGCCCUUAAUGAGUUUACAACUCACACUGUGAUAAGGCCCAAAGUGCAACAUGGACGAACUAAACGCUCUCUUCAGAGCACAUUGGAUGCAGCUGAUGGUCUGCACGCUCAACAUAUAACCCUGAGCUAUUUGCAUCAGGGGCAACGCAUACAAAUCGAACUACUCCGCAAUGAUCGUCUUUUGCCGGAUACUCAUUUCCUUCGCUAUCAGAAUGCCAGUAAACUGGCAGCUAAAAGCAACGGACAUGGACCAGUUGGCAAUGUGGUUCGCAAUUUUACCAAGACUGAAGUUGAUUUAUGUCACUAUCAGGGUCACAUACACGGCCAAGCGGAUUCAAAAGUGGCUCUCUCCACCUGUAAUGGUGGACUCAAUGGCGUUGUCUUUGAUGGCAGGGAAACGUAUUUCAUACAUCCACACAUCGAUGGCACUGGCCGAUUGCUGGAUGACCAUUUUCUGCUCAGUCACGCAGAUAUGGUGCAAAAGAAUGCCACCUGUGGCUAUGACAGCCACAAGGACAACCACAACCAUGACAGGGAAUGGGAGAAUGAGGAACCGUCGAUACCCCAACGUUUAGAUGGCGGGGAAUUCCAACGCAUGUUCCUGCGAAGAAGACGGCGCGAUGUCGAAGAAGUGGGCCAUCUGAUACGUGGUCCCUACAAUGCCAACAAGUACUCCAGCUAUGUGGAAUUGGUCAUUGUGGUGGAUAAUAAAGUGUAUAAACAUUUCGGUGAAAAUACCAAAAAAGUGCAUCAGCAUUGCAAGGAUCUGGCCAAUAUAGUUAAUGCGCUCUACGAACCGCUCAAUAUAUUUGUGGCGUUGGUGGGCGUGGUUAUAUGGAACGAAUCAAACGAAAUCGAAUUCUCAAGCGAUGGCGAUGUCACACUUCGAAAUUUCCUCAACUAUCGAAGCACUAAACUAGUGCUGGAGCAUCCCAAUGACAAUGCCCAACUGUUGACCAAAGAGACCUUUGCCGGCGGAGUAGUUGGCAAGGCUCUGAAAGGACCCAUCUGCACGUACGAGUAUUCGGGCGGAGUGAGCAUGCAACACAGCCAGAUUUUGGCCGUUGUGGCCACUACCAUGGCCCAUGAGAUGGGUCACAACUUUGGCAUGGAGCACGAUUCGCCCGAUUGCCAUUGUCCAGAUGAGAAAUGCGUCAUGGCUGCCUCCAGUACUGCAGUGGUUCCAGUGCAUUGGAGCAGCUGCAGCAUCGAUCAGCUAACGAUUGCCUUCUCGCGUGGUAUGAACUAUUGCCUACGCAACAAGCCCGAGAGGUUGUUCGAUUCGCCGCAGUGCGGCAAUGGUUUCGUCGAGCCUGGCGAGCAAUGCGACUGUGGUCUGCCGAACCACUGUGAGAACACUUGUUGCAAUGCCCACACUUGUAUGCUGCACUCGAAUGCCUCAUGUGCCACCGGCGAAUGCUGUGACUUGGAUACGUGCCGACCCAAAAUGGCAGGCAAACCGUGCCGCGAGGCGGAGAAUGAAUGCGACCUGCCAGAGUAUUGCACCGGAGAGUCGGAGUAUUGUCCCAAGGAUGUCUAUCGACGUGAUGCGGAACCCUGUGAUGGCGGUCAGGCCUAUUGUUUCCAUGGAAAUUGUCGCUCCCAUGGCAAUCAGUGUCGCGUUCUGUGGGGACCCACUGGAGAUAAUUCCGAGCAUUGUUACUACAAGAACAAGGAGGGCAAUCGUCUCGGCAAUUGUGGUUACAAUCGUGUCAACAAAACCUACGUGCCGUGUGCCACAGAGCAUGUCAAUUGUGGCAUGUUGCACUGCAUCCAUUUGAAUGAGCGUCUCGAAUUCGGCAUGGAAUCGGCUGCUGUCCUGUCACACUCCUAUGUCAGUCAUGAUCGCAAGAUUGUGGCCUGCCGUUCGGCCGUUGUAGACCUUGGGCUACAGAAUAUCGAUCCUGGAUUGACCCCAAAUGGGGCAAAGUGUGGGGACAAUCGAAUGUGUGUGGAUCAACGCUGCGUAGCUGUCAAAGAUGUACUAGCCAAAGGAUCGGAUUGUCCGGACAAUUGUAAAGAUCUGGGUGUAUGCAAUAGUCGAGGUCAUUGCCACUGUGAAUUGGGCUUCGGUGGCGAGUCCUGCUCCCGACCAGGUCCCGGUGGUUCUGUAGACAGUGGACCAGCUGCGGACUCAAAUAGUACCGUUGGAUUCCAGCGUUUCAUAUUUAUGCUAUUCUUUGUGAUUCUUCCGCUCUUUCUUUGCGUCUGUUUGGUCUAUUACUGCCGUAAUAAUAAACUGUUCGCCGGUGGAAAGCUCGCCGAUAAUAUCCUGAAGACAGCCAGUGGAAAUAAACAGCCGUCGAUGCGAUCGAAUCAAAAUGGCAGUGGACCGCCUCAAGGAAAUGGAUUGCCCAAGUCUACGCCGAGUAGCACAGAUGAUAUGAAUUCAGCUCUGCUGAAGACACCAAUCGAUACGAACGAUCCGAAUGCAGUUGGAAUGUUUGGCAAAUUCAAGGGAUUCACCCUGCGUCCGUUAAAUGAUGCUUCGCCACCGAGUAACUACAAUGGACCGAAUGUGGCAUUUGUGCAACCAACAAUGCAGCAAGACAACAAUGGAGUACCACAAAGGUUAGCACCACCACCGCCAGGAGGUAAAACAGAGGCUGCUGCUGGGAGUGGAGAAAUUACGAAACCCACAACGACCUUGCAGCGGGCAGCUCCAGCACUUCCACCGCCAAAUCCGGGUUCUACAGCCCGUCCAAUUAUAUCGAAACCAGUGCUAGAUUCUAGCACAAUUACCAUGGUGCCCUUGAAUGGUGGUGGUGCUGAGGCAGAUGGCAGUAUUUCACCCACACGUUCGGCUCCCGCACCGCCUGUUCCUUUACACACCGAUCCCAAAUUAAAUGUGAACCGGAAUGGUACCAUACGUCGCUUUGCCUCAUUCUUAAAGAAGGAGGAGAAGCCACCGCUCAAGGAGAAGACAUAUAUCGAUCGGGAGAGAUUAAGGACACUGGAAAUUUCGUCGCCCAUGCCCGUCCCAGGCGCCCCUACUGCAGAGUCCUCAAAUUCAGACUCAGAACCUCCAUCUCGGGAAGAGGAAACCAAGAAUUUGGUUAAACGUGCUCAGUCUAUGCGCUCACCCACCAAGAAGGCACAAUUGCAGACAUUUGGCUCAAUGCGCUCGCCUCCCGGACGUCCCAAUAGCACAGUUAGUGGCAAUACCACAACGCGGCCAAAAUCUCCACCUCCACGUCCCCCGCCAUUGAUCAAGAAAACUAAUUCCACCACUUCAUCAGGCUAUCAAUUGCCGGUGGCCACAGCACAGACCACAGUAGAGAACACCUACGAUGAUUGUGAGUUUGUAGAGAAAGCUGUCCCAUUGCGGGCCUCCAACGAUGACAUCUACUCAGUCAUCGAUGAGAUUCCCCCAGCGGCACAGACAUUGAAGCGCAGUGAUUUGGUAGCCAGUAUGGCCAGUAAUGGCAGCGGGGACAUGGGUCUUUUGGGUGAAAUAGUCAAUGAGUUUGAGAAAUUAAAUGGUGACUCCAUUUACUCGGGCAAACCCGCUCCAGGAUCACCAACAGAAGCAUCUCUAGCAGAAACACCGCGAAGUCCACAGCGUCCAGCGCCGCCCAAGCCUGCAUCCACCGUAAUCUCCAGUGCGGAGGAUAAGCAAGCUGCUGCUCCCACAUAUUUACGGUCUCCGGCCGUUAAUGCGCCGGUCGCUCGAGUGGCUCCUACACGAUCUGACAUAUCACCAUCGCCAGCAUUCUCUAGCUUCAAGCCGGCUCCGGCUGGAUCCGGUAAGGUGAUACCAAAAGCAACUAACCAAAGCCAGGCACAAGUCACACGCACAAACAGCCAAAGUGGCCAACCUGGCUCUGGCAUGCGUCCCAAGUCCUUCACAAAGACACAAGCAAAAACACUGCCCAAUGGAGUGCCGGCCCCGGCCACCAUACAGAAGCCCAAACCGCUGUCGGCGAAGCCAUCGUUCAGCGGCGGGCUAAAGCGUAGUCCUAGUGGCGGGGCCACCUCAGCGUCAGCAACUGCCGCUCCCACGCCGCCCACAGUGAAUAGCACAGCGCAAGCAAUGGGGACACCAGCGUCUGGGGCGCUAAAGUCCAAUAUUGCAUCGUUGACUCAACGUUUUGAGCAGCGCAAAUAAUUAAAUGGCUGACUGAAGCAAUCGCCGCCAGAUUGACUACGAUCAAAUUUCACAUUGCACUGACUACCCUUUAACGACGCCUCCCUCUACACUCCUAAUCCAAUGCCCCACAAGGGAUUACCCUUGUCGUUAAAAAUUCAUUCCUAUCAAGAAGAUAUUGAUGAUGAUGAUCAUCAUCUUUCUAGUUAGACUUUAAGGCGUUGCUUAAAUUAAAUUAAAUACGUGCUUUUAAGUAUCUCAAUGAUUAAUUUUUAAGCUCUGCGUGUGAAGUUUUAAUUUAGUGCUUAAUUGAUAUGAUAUGAUUAUGAUAAUAAUCCUUAUUGAUGUAUUGUACAUGUAUAUGUAUUUAUGUAUAUGCUUUUGUAAAUAAAAACCAAAGAAGUUAAAAUGUCACAAGAAGAAAUCAAAAAUUAAACAAUAAACACGAUACUCUGAUCCGCCUAGUUAAUUAAUCCAUUAACUACAAACGAUCGAAUAGUCAGUCCACAAUUAAAGCAAAUAAAUUCCUAGAUAAUGUGUUGUACAGCAGUUGUUAAGCGCCAAUAUAUCACAAAAUCAAUUGGAACUAAACGAAAUCAAUUCAAGAUUCUAAAUGUCAUUAACAAAACGCAAAAGUAAUGUUUCAUCAGAAUGUAAAAAAAAAAACAAAUACAGACGUUAUGUUUAAAUAUACGUAAUUAAUUAAACGAAA